GCAUAGAAGCAGCAAUUUCAAACUAGUUGCUGGAAAGACUGUCGAAAAGCAACUUUGCUUUCUUCAACAUGUCACAUUUUCUGUAUCCACCAUCAACUACAUGCAACUCAUUUGAUUAAUAUCAACUUCCACUCUCCUUCAUAUAAACCUCAGAGUAUAUAAGAUUCCAUAGUUACAACAUGCCUGAAGUUUACCACAAAGAUCCUGCUGGAUGUCAAUUACUCAGCUAUGAUUACAAUGGAUUUUUGGUACCACCAUUUCCAAAUGUUCAAGAACAUCUUGACAAACUUCCAGAUAUGCCAGUAAGAGAUGAUGAUGUUUUUCUUCUCGGUUACAUGAAAUCAGGUUGUCACUGGAUGUGGGAAAUUGCUGGAAUGUUAGUUAAUGGUUCUGCUGAUUAUAACCCAGAACAGAAAGGUGUUGCAAUGAUGGAGCUGAUGGACCAAGAAAAACUAGACCAGCUUCCAUCACCCAGAGUUCUAAACAAUCACAUGUUCUUUCAUCAUUUACCAAGAGAGAUACUUACCAAAAAAUCUAAAAUGAUUCUCAUGACACGCAACCCUCGUGAUGUUGCUGUUUCUGCCUACCACCAUUUAUUUCAGUUAAAGUUCAUGUAUCAGUAUGAUGGAGAUUGGAAUGGCUUCUUUGAACUGUUUUUAGAUGGCAAAUUGAAUUAUGGUAGCUGGUUUGAAUAUACGCAACAGUGGGAGAAAGAUAUCAAAGACCAUCCUGAACUACCCAUUUUGAUAGUUAAAUAUGAAGAUCUUAAAAAGGAUCCAGUGAGCAAUGUGGCUAAAGUGGCUGAAUUUUUAGGCCUUCCUAAAAAUGACCAACUUUUUGAAGAUAUUGCUGACAAAUGUUCUUUUGCUAAAAUGAAGGCAGUAAAACCUCUUCUACCUGAAUUUUUUCGAACUCCUGGUGAAUCAUUGUUUCGAAAAGGUGUUGUUGGAGACUGGAAGAAUUGGUUCACAGUUUCUCAAGAGGAAAGAUUCCAAGUGGAAUGUGACAAAUUUGACAAGCAGUCUACGCUGUUUAGUACAACGUACUAAAUAUCACUUUAAUGUUAGUAUGACUUUCUCAUAGACAUUUUUAUACCAUAUAUCUACCAUUUCAAAUUAGUUCUAAUUUUAUAUCAUGGACAAAUCUGGGGACUGAAUUUAAUUCCAAAGAUUUUAUUUUUGGUACAGCUUAUAUAGUUGGAUGCCAUUCCUGACACCAGCUACGUUACAGCUGGCAAAAAUGAGUUGUACCUGUAGUUCAAAGGACCAGCCUUGUCACAUCCUGUAUCAUGCUGAAUCUUCCUUAAGGGCUCACAUGCUGUGGAGUACUCAGCCACUUGCAUGUUAAUUUUAUGAGUAGGCUGUUCCUUGGACUGGAACAGUUGCCAUUAUAACUGACAGUGCUAUCUAAAUCAUGCGCAC